GCUGCUUUGGCCAAACACCAAAGCUCCAGUUGCAGCCUUGCUUGAUAUCUCCUCGUCAACCCCACGAAUUGAUAACCGCCCGUAAUCCAACACUCACUUCUUCCAUACCGAUUCUAUCAAAGCAGGACCUUGAGCGAUGGCGGACCGAUACUCCUUCUCUCUCACAACCUUCUCCCCCAGUGGAAAGCUGGUGCAGAUUGAGUAUGCCCUCAAUGCUGUAAACCAGGGUAUUACUGCCCUUGGCAUCAAAGCCACCAACGGUAUCGUUCUUGCCACCGAGAAGAAGUCAUCAUCCCCUCUGGCCGACCAGAGCUCCCUCUCCAAGAUCAGCGACAUCACCCCCAACAUCGGCAUGGUGUACUCCGGCAUGGGCCCUGACUAUCGAGUAUUGGUGGACCGAGCACGCAAGGUCUCACAUACCGGCUACAAGCGCAUCUACAACGAGUACCCCCCUACUAGAAUAUUGGUGCAGGAUGUCGCCCGAGUGAUGCAGGAGGCCACGCAAUCCGCCGGUGUUCGACCUUACGGUGUGAGUCUGCUGGUUGCUGGUUGGGAUGAGGGCAUCGAGCCUGAGGAGGAAAACAAGACCACCGAGGAGAGCGAGGAGAAGAAGGUCAACCGAAAGACUGGCGGUAUUCACAAGGGCGGCCCUAUGCUGUACCAGGUCGAUCCCUCUGGCAGUUACUACCCAUGGAAGGCUACAGCCAUUGGCAAGAGUGCGACAAAGGCCAAGACAUUCUUGGAAAAGCGAUACUCGGAGGAGCUCGAGCUUGAGGAUGCUAUCCACAUUGCGCUGUUGACCCUGAAGGACAACAUCGAGGGUGAGAUGAACGGUGACAGCAUCGAAAUUGGUAUUGUUGGUGCUCCCGCAGACCAUCUUCUGGGUCUUGAGGGUGUUGACGGGGCUGUUGGACCCCGUUUCAGAAAGCUGACCCCUCAAGAGAUUGAGGAUUACCUGACGAGUCUAUGAUUGCCCUUAUGCAAAUGAUCACAACGAGAAGCAUUGUACAAUAGAGGGUCAUUGAGCUCACUAGAGCUGGUUCUGAUAGAAGAGCAGCUCAUUAUGAGCUUUGAGAUUGCUUUACCUUUUUUGUGACUAU